GUUUUUGACCGUGCACAUGGAACCGUGCACAUGGCAUGGAACUGGCCUACAUUUAGAUUUGAAUUGUUUGUUUUAUUUUACAGUUUGUUUGUUUUGGUUAAAAAUAAAUUUAAGAUAUUGCUGUAACCUCAACAAAUCUGGAUCUUUUACUUUGCACGCGUCAGGACAUACACAUCAACACCUCCUACAGUGGCUAAGACAAAGGAACAGAAUUGGACAUCUGAACCCGUUUUUACCACUACAUUAUGUCAAAAAACUUUGCUUUCAAAAUGGAAUUGGUUUGAGAAGAGGAUAAAUCUUGAUUGGAAUGGAUUGAGACCAUAUGGUACUGGAGCAAACAAAGGAAACUUCUCAAAGAGUGGGCGUCUCUAUAUUCAUCAGUUCAUGUUGAACAUGUGAUCAGGAAGAAGAAACUCACAGAGUGAACACCCAGAGAUUCAGAAGAACUGAAUACAACAGAGAAGAUCACUGAAGAAGAGAAGAAUGAAGAUCAUCUGGACUUUGACUCUGCUGAUGAUUCCUGGUGUGUUGGGCUUCAGAGUGACGGGAUAUUCAGGAGGAGGAGUCAGCAUCACAUGCAGAUAUGAGACACAAUAUAGAAACAAUGCUAAGUAUUUUUGUAGAGGACAGAAUCCAGGAUGUUCUGAUCUCAUCAAGACUGAAGAGAAAGAUAGAUGGGUUUAUUCUGGAAGAUUCUCUCUUUAUGACAACACCAGUGCUGCAGUUUUCACUGUGAAUAUCAGAGAUCUGAGAGAAGAGGAUUCUGGGACGUAUUGGUGUGCAGCUGAUAUCUCUUGGGAUGCAGAUUCCUACACUGAAGUCAAUCUGAAAGUUUUAACAGGUCAGAAGAUCAGUGCUGUGUCGGGAUAUUCAGGAGGAAACGUCAUUAUAAACUACAAAUAUGAGAUGUCACAUAUGAACCACAUGAAAUACAUCUAUAAAACUAGAGCAGAUGGAUUUCUUCCUUUAAUAAACACUAAAAGAGCAGCAGAAUGGACACAUGUGGGUCGAUUCUCUGUUCAUGACGACAGAUCUGCUCGUCUCUUACGUGUGUUCAUCACAGAUCUGAAUCUGAACGAUUCUGGAGAAUAUAAGAUUAUAGUCCAAGUUUCUGAAGACUACAGUUUCUUCUCUGAGUUUCUCCUGAACAUCAUCGACGCUGAUUGUUGUGAGAAGAGCAUCAGUCUAUCAGCUGCUGCAGGAACAUCUGUGAACAUCAGCUGCAAAUACCCAGGAUCCCACAGCGCCGACGUGAAGUUCAUCUGCAGGAGAUCUGGAUCUGAUCUCUGUGCUGAAGAGACGUCUGUGAAGGAGAGCAGAAGAUGGAGCGCCGAGGGACAGAUCCAGCUGUAUGAUGACCGAGAGCAGCGGCUCCUGACGGGAACCAUCAGUCAUGUGACUCCACGACAUUCAGCUGAAUACUGGUGUGGAGUUCAGUCUGAUCAAGAACACAAGAGCUUCAUCACACGAGUCCUCCUCAGAGUCACAGAUAUCUUAGAAACAUCAACACCAUCAUCUACUUCAUCAUCAUCAUCAUCAUCAUUGUCGUCGUCAUCAUCAUCUUCACUGCAGAGAAUGUGUGUCAGAAACUGAUAGAUUUUAAAGGAUUCAGAUGGUCGUCUGAAACAAACCCUGACCAUCAGAUGACGCCCACACUGUGUGAACAGAUCAAGUUUAGCCAACAUUGAAUAUAAAGUCAGAGGAAAGCAUUUCCUCCAGAUGAGUCUGAUUAUUUCUUCUGCUGUGUAAAGAUUAAAUGUUUUUUUUCUUGCUUUCCGCAGUUUGUCACUUGUGUAUGUAAGUCUUUAGAUAAAUACGUGAUUUUCUAUAGAACUAUAAUUACAAAAAUAAAAAGUGUGUAUUUUGUGCAUCACUAGCAUAAUCAUAAUCAUAUGAGUUUGCAGAAUAUUGAUUUCAAAGAUGUUGAUGAAGUCAAUUUUAUUAUGUGGAACUUUUUCAGACUGAAAAAUAAAAAAAUAGUCAAUUAAUACUGUCAGGUUCAAGAGAUUUCA